AUUCGUCCAAGAAACAACAACCCCUUUUUAAUAGCCGACCUCGCCGCCCGGAGAAACCCCUUGUUUAAGCCCGGGCCGAGUGGUGACAGCCACGAGCGCCCAAGAUCCCGGGCUCCGCGGCAGAGAGCACCCUCCGCGUCGAGAUCUUUGCCAGAGCAGGCAGGAGGCGGUGGUGGGUGAUCUUCAUGGCGGCGUUGAGGGCGUCUCCCGCGUCGCCGUUCCCGUCGUGCGCGCGGAGGAGGGCCAAUGGGGCGUCGCCAGUGGUGGCCAUGGCCUCCACCAUCAACAGGGUUAAAACCGUCAAAGAACCCUAUACUCCUCCACGUGAGGUGCAUCUCCAAGUCACCCAUUCACUACCAGCUCAAAAGCGGGAGAUUUUCAAUUCACUUGAACCUUGGGCAAAGGAUAACCUAUUGAACCUCCUGAAGCCAGUUGAGAAGUCAUGGCAGCCACAGGACUUUCUGCCAGAACCUUCUUCUGAUGGGUUUUAUGACGAAGUUAAAGAACUUAGGGAGCGGGCAAAGGAAAUACCCGAUGACUACUUUGUUUGCUUAGUUGGUGACAUGGUUACCGAGGAAGCCUUACCUACCUAUCAAACAAUGCUCAACACCCUUGAUGGUGUCCGAGAUGAAACUGGUGCAAGUCCAACCACUUGGGCUGUUUGGACGAGGGCAUGGACAGCUGAAGAGAACAGGCAUGGUGAUCUUCUCAAUAAGUACAUGUACCUUAGUGGACGGGUCAACAUGAAACAAAUUGAGAAGACUAUACAGUAUCUGAUUGGCUCUGGAAUGGAUCCAGGAACUGAGAAUAAUCCCUACUUGGGUUUCCUUUACACAUCAUUCCAAGAGAGAGCAACAUUUAUAUCUCAUGGCAAUACUGCGAGGCAUGCCAAGGAGUAUGGAGAUCUUAAGCUGGCUCAGAUAUGUGGUACAAUAGCAGCUGAUGAAAAGCGCCAUGAGACAGCUUACACCAAGAUAGUCGAGAAGCUCUUCGAGAUCGAUCCAGAUUACACAAUGCUUGCGUUUGCUGACAUGAUGAGGAAGAAGAUUGCGAUGCCUGCUCAUCUCAUGUAUGAUGGGAAGGAUGACAACCUGUUUGAACACUUCAGUUCAGUGGCGCAGAGGCUGGGCAUCUACACUGCUAAAGACUACGCUGACAUACUUGAGUUCUUAGUCGAGAGGUGGAAAGUUGCCGACCUCACCAGGUUGUCUGGAGAAGGGAGACGGGCGCAGGACUUUGUCUGUACCUUGGCACCGAGAAUUAGGCGAUUGGAUGAAAGGGCGCAAGCAAGGGCGAAGCAAGCACCAGUCAUUCCUUUCAGUUGGAUUUAUGACCGCAAAGUUCAACUUUAAUCAUGAUCGCUCGGUGAUGAGAAUACAUCUUAUAUGCCCUUGAGUUCUGGGGUUCUAUAUAAGAAACAGCAUUUAGGUUACUAGCAGGAUAGAGUUAAGUUACUUAUCGACCUCACUCGUGCAAAAGUACGUUGUCUGUUAUCUUGUAAGUUUGGAUGACAGUGAGCCUGGUGAGAGACUUGUAUGAGAUGCUGCCUGCUGGCCACAGCCAUUAACAACGCCGUUGCAACCUAGUAAGCUUAUGUUUUAUUGAAUAUGGAGUCAUGUGACCAUUGAUAUUUACAGUACUUAUAAAUUUCAAAAGUAAUAAUUUGGAGAUUGUAUAUGGACAGGCUUUGCUUUGGUGCA